CCCUUUGAAGAUUUAAUUAGUUGUCAAAAUUAGUCAAAUAAACCUUCAAAUACAUUUCAUCUUCUUUCUCCUCUCUUGUCCAAAUAACUGCUCAACAAUCCAUCCCCACUCCAAAAGACGUCCACCGUUCCGUCAUGUACACCUCAAAAGUCCGCCGGAAAGUAUCUCCGGCAGGGAACGGAGACAUCGACAACAAUUCCGCCGAGAAACAAGACCAGUUCCUCCUCUCCGCCGCCAUCUGCAACGGCGAAGACCUCGGUCCAUUCAUCCGCAAAUCCUUCGCUUCCGGCAAACCAGAAACCUUACUCCACAACCUCCGUCACUUCGCUCGCUCAAAAGAAUCGGAAAUUGAAGAAGUUUGUAAAGCACACUACCAGGACUUCAUCCUAGCCGUUGAUGACCUCCGAUCUUUACUCUCCGACGUCGAUUCACUCAAAUCCGCACUCUCCGAUUCAAACUCCAAACUCCAGUCCGUUGGUGAGCCUUUAUUAACCGCUCUAGACUCGUACAUCGAGGCACAAACUGUCUCUCGUAAUGUAAAUUUAGCUUUAGCUGCAGUUAUUUCUUGCAUUAAACUAAUGGAGCUUUGUUCACGUUGCAAUUAUCAUUUAUCCAACGGUAAUUUUUACAUGGCUUUAAAAUGUGUAGACACUUUAGAAUCUGAGUAUUUGGAUAAAACGCCGUCGUCUAGUUUGUUUAGAAUGUUGGAGAAAAAGAUUCCUGAGGUUAGAUCACAUAUAGAGAGGAAGGUGAAUAAGGAAUUUGGUGAUUGGCUUGUUGAGAUCCGUGUCGUGAGUCGUAAUUUAGGUCAAUUAGCUAUUGGUCAGGCGUCUGCUGCGAGGCAACGAGAAGAGGAUUUGAGAAUUAAGCAGAGACAAGCUGAAGAGCAGAGUCGCCUUAGUUUACGAGACUGUGUUUAUGCUUUGCAAGAUGAGGAUGAUGAGGAUGGGUUUGUUAAUGAUGAUGGUAAUAGCAGUCUUAGUAAUGGAUCAUUAGGGUUUGAUUUGACUCCUUUGUAUAGGGCUUUUCAUAUACACCAUACUUUAGGGCUUGAAGACGGGUUUAAGAAGUAUUAUUUUGAGAAUAGGAAGCUUCAAUUGACUUCUGAUUUUCAGGUGUCGUCAAUGACUCCAUUUCUUGAGUCGCAUCAAACAUUCUUUGCGCAAAUUGCUGGUUUUUUUAUUGUUGAAGAUCGAAUUUUGAGGACAGGAGGGGGUUUGAUUUCAAGGAUGGAUGUUGAGAAUAUGUGGGAAACUGCUGUUAGUAAAAUGUGUUCUGUUUUAGAAGAUCAGUUUUCGAGAAUGCAAACUGCUAAUCAUCUUUUGCUUAUAAAGGAUUAUGUGAGUUUGUUAGGAGUGACUCUGCGGAGAUAUGGGUAUCCUGUUGAUGCUUUAUUAGAUGUUUUGAGUAAGCACAGGGAUAAGUAUCACGAGCUGUUGUUGUCUGAUUGUCGUAAGCAGAUUGCUGAGGCUCUUGCUGCUGAUAAGUUUGAGCAGAUGUUGAUGAAGAAAGAGUAUGAGUAUUCGAUGAAUGUCCUUUCUUUUCAGCUACAGACAUCGGAUAUUGUACCUGCAUUUCCUUUUGUUGCACCGUUUUCUUCGACUGUACCUGAUUGUUGUCGAAUUGUGCGGUCCUUCAUUGAAGAUUCUGUGAGUUUUAUGUCUUACGGUGGACAGCUUGAUUUCUUUGAUGUUGUUAAGAAAUAUUUGGACCGACUGUUAGGUGAGGUUUUGGAUGAGGCUUUAUUGAAACUUAUAAAUACAUCUGUCCAUGGGGUUGCCCAAGCUAUGCAGGUUGCGGCAAAUAUGGCUGUGAUGGAACGUGCUUGUGAUUUCUUUUUCCGUCAUGCUGCACAGCUUUCUGGCAUACCAUUGAGGAUGGCAGAGAGGGGUAGGAGGCAAUUUCCACUGAACAAAGCACGUGAUUCAGCAGAAGAGACAUUAUCUGGAUUGCUUAAACAGAAGGUUGAUGGUUUCAUGACAUUAAUUGAGAAUGUGAACUGGAUGGCUGAUGAGUCGAUUCCAAGUGGAAAUGAAUAUGUGAAUGAAGUGAUGAUAUAUUUGGAAACUCUAGUUUCUACUGCUCAACAGAUAUUGCCAGCUAAUGUUCUUAGAAGGGUUCUACAAGAUGUUCUUGCUCACAUAUCGGAGAUCAUUGUUGGGGCAUUAAGUGGGGAUUCUGUCAAGAGAUAUACUGUAAAUGCUAUCAUGGGAAUUGAUGUAGAUAUCCGGAUGUUGGAAGCUUUUGCUGAUAAUCAGACUUCUGAGGGAGACCCCAAACAGAUGAAAUCAGCACUAGCUGAGGCAAGGCAACUGAUUAAUUUGCUUUUGAGCAGUCACCCUGAUAACUUUUUAAACCCUGUAAUUAGGGAGAGGAGCUACAAUAAAUUGGAUUACAGGAAAGUAGUUACUGUAUCCGAGAAAUUGAGGGAUCCCUCGGAGAGACUCUUUGGAACAUUCGGGAGCAGGGGAUCAAGGCAAAAUCCAAAGAAGAAAUCGUUAGAUUCAUUGAUUAAAAGACUCAAGGAUGUCAGCUGA